AUGAAGCUGAAAAGUGGCACAAGGGUAAAAGAAUUGAUUUUCCUUGGCCCCAUCCAGAAUCAAGAACUGAGUUGGGUCUAAUUUCUUUUCCUACUUUAGGUGUAUGUGACAACUCUGCUGGGAAACCUCCUCAUCAUGGUCACCGUGACCUGUGAGUCUCUCCUUCAGACCCACAUGUACUUUUUGCUCUGUAAUUUGUCUAUCGCCGAUAUCUGCUUCUCCUCCAUCACAGCUCCCAAGGUUCUGGUGGACCUUCUGUUAAUGAGGAAGACCAUCGCCUUCAAUGGCUGUUUGACCCAGAUGUUUUUCUUCCACCUUGUUGGAGGGGUGGAUGUAUUUUCUUUGUCAGUGAUGGCAUUAGAUCGGUAUGUGGCCAUCUCCAAGCCCCUGCACUAUGUGACCAUCAUGAGGAGGGGGCGUUGCACUGCCCUCAUUGCAGCCUCCUGGGCUGGGGGCUUUGUCCACUCCAUCGUCCAGAUUUCCCUGUUGCUCCCGCUCCCCUUCUGUGGACCCAAUGUGCUUGACACUUUCUACUGUGAUGUGCCCCAGGUCCUCAACCUUGCCUGCACAGACACCUUUGCACUUGAGCUUCUGAUGAUUUCUAACAAUGGCUUAGUCACUACCCUGUGGUUCUUCUUCCUCCUGGUAUCCUACACAGUCAUCCUAAUGAUGCUGAGGUCUCAGGCAGGAGAGGGCAGGAGGAAAGCCUUCCACACCUGCACAGCCCACAUCACUGUGGUGAUUCUGCAUUUUGUGCCCUGCAUCUAUGUCUACACCCGGCCCUUCACUGCCCUCCCCACAGAUAAGACCAUUGCUGUCACCUUCACUGUCAUCUCCCCUCUGCUGAACCCCUUGAUUUAUACUUUGAGGACCCAGAAGAUGAAGUCAGCCAUAAGGAGACUGAAGAGGAGACUUGUGCUUUCUGACAGGGUAUAG